AUGUCCACAGAUGCACAACAGUGGGUAGAGUCAUGUGAAACGUGUGCUGUAAACGGCAAACCCGAGCGGCCACCCCCAAUGCAGCGCGCAUUCGCGCCAAAUGCUGUAUGGGAAACAAUUGCCCUUGACUUCAAUGGGCCAUAUGUCCGAUUCGGUGGUAUUUCGAUUUUGGUAAUCGUUGAUUAUAGGUCAAGAUACCUUAUCGCACAACCCGUGAAGUCAACGGGCUUUGAGCACACGCGAAAGGUAUUGGAGCAAGUUUUUGACCGUGAGGGCAUACCGAAAUUCAUAAAAACCGACAAUGGUCCACCAUUCAACAGCGAUGACUACAGGUCCUAUUGUACAGAACGCGGCAUCACUCCACUGUUUUCUACGCCACUUUUCCCCCAGCAGAACGGCCUUGUUGAAGGGUACAUGAAGCUGAUCAACAAGGCGAUG